UGGAUGCUGAGUAAAUCGGUACGGUUUCAGUAUCUGAUGUCUGGAUCGCUUGGAAGAGACUGUAGAGUUAGUUUUAGUUAUGUCUUCAAACAAAGUUCCUCCAGAUGGUGGCUUCGGGUGGAUUAUCGUUGCUGGAUGUGCACUCAUUAACAUAUUUAAUCAAUCUCUUAUAUCAGUUUUCGGUUUGAUGUUUGGUGAUUAUCUAAGUUUUUUGGGAGAGAAUGCCUUUGGCGCUGCUUUAGUUAUGAAUGUUUGUAACAUAUCUCUCAACUUUUCCGGUUUAUUCAGUGGACCAAUUAUCAAAAAAUUUGAAACAAGGAAAGCCACCAUUAUAGGAAGCUUACUAACAGGAGGAGCCCUAACCGCUUGUGCUUUUGCAACACAGAUAUGGCAGAUUAUACUCGCGUACGGUAUCGCGUUUGGAUUCGGACUUGGUUUGAUCCAGUCGGCAACAUUCGUGGCGAUCAAUUCAUAUUUCCGAAACAAUAAAGGCAAAGCAGUUGGACUAGCCUUGGCUGGUACUGGACUGGGUCAAAUAUUAAUGCCAUUGCUAGUACAGUACUUACUAGACAAUUUUGAUUUUCGAGGAGCUACCCUGAUCAUUGGUGGAUUGGCUUUCAAUGGAGUUGUUGGUGCCACUCUUUUGCAGCCGAUUUCUUGGCACAUGAAAAGCAUUGAUAAGAAUUUUCAGGGAGAGAAAAGUCCACUGUUAAGGAAUGGAACUUCUGAACGUCCCAAACAAUCCGGCAGUGGUUGGUCUAAACUAGCUGCUCUUAUGGAUGUAGCAAUUUUGAAAAAGGUGUCCUUUCUCAAUUUGAUAAUUGGACUGGGACUCGCUUAUACCGCUACUAGUAGUUUUUCGUUGUUUUUUCCGUAUUUCUUGCAAAAAUCAGCAAAUCUGGAUAUGCUACAGGCAGCUAACUGCAUGGCAAUUCUAUCGACUACCGACUUACUGACAAGGAUUACUGUACCGGGAAUUGUGGAUAAAAUGAAAUUCACACAUCGCAACACUUUCCUGAUGGCUGGUUUAUGUUUAGUCAUCGCACGAUCGGUAAUGGCAGAGAUGCGGAGCAUCAUAGCCCUAAUGGUGACUUCGGCACUGUACGGCAUCUUUCGGUCGAUUACAAUCGUCAAUCAAAACCUAACGAUAUCGGAAUACUGUAGCGAAAUGGGACUGGAAAGUAUGCUCCCAAAUGCAUUAGGGUUCAACAUGAUUGCCAAAGGUGUUCUAGUAUUAAGUUUAGGCCAGCUACUGGGGUGGUUCGUAGAUUUUAGUGGUAGUUAUUCACUGAUAUUGCAUGCACAAAAUCUGUUGCUUAUUUCCACUUGUAUUUUGUGGCUGUGUGAAAUGUAUUUUAAGCGUGAAGAAGUUAGUGUAAUAAAAGUAUGA